AUGUACAGACAAAGUAUUCCGACUCAAGUACGACAGGUUUUGGACUUAUUCAAAGCUGCAUCGAGUACACAUCACUCCCCAUUUGCUGGGAAAGUUGAAUCACAUUUCACACACGUCUCGGAUCUAACCCUACGAAAGGAGCGAUGGGAAAUCCUACGAAAGAACUGGACAAAAGGGAAAACAAUAAAGAAUGGUGAUAUGGCUAGUGGAAGCAGUAAUCUUAAUAUUGACCUCGAUACUUGUCCUGAUAAUUUACAUCUAAGUGAACGUGAAUUAUAUGUCAAUCCUGUACGUUUUGGACCAAAUGAGCUCAAAGAUACUAAAUCUUUCUUUAUUGACCUGACAAGUCUACAUCAUGGAAAUGAAAAUGCGUUGUUUGGUUCACAUCCAGGGUACGAAGUAGGCGAUAGUGUUUUUGUUAGGGAUAUAAUUUCAAUUGCCAACUCUUUUUACCAACCACUCUCUGAAUAUCCAAAGAAUAAAUCUGGUCAGAAUACUUUCCACUAUUACCUUCAAAGUCUAAUUCUGAGCCCGCUUGUCAUUUUUUUCCAACAGAAAAGGCGACUAUUUAAUAUGGAAAGUCUAGAACAUUGGAAUCAAGACAUGUUUGAUAUGGAGCAACUGGUCCGUGAAAUGAAUAAAAACGUCAAAGGAAACAAAAGUAUCAAUCCAUUUUUGUUUUCGAAAUUGACGCAUCCUGAUAACUUACAACUAGCAUUAAAAGCAUAUAGCACUUUUGGACGGGAAAAGUUGAAAAGUUUUUUGAACAAAUCAGUCAGGAAAAUGAACUGGAAGGAACUAAGCGAUAAGUCAAAUGGUUUCAAUAACGACGAAUUGGCUAUGGCACUACGUGAAAAUAGUUUUAUGAAGUUACUUAACAGAGACACUGGUCAGAUAGAACAAGAUUACAACCAAGUCUCUGUAUUUUGCGAAAAUAUUCUCGACAAAUUAAGAACAAAUUCGGUUGGGAGCAUUGACGAGGUUGUUAAGGAUAUCCCCUACGAUCUCGAGUAUAGUAGUUUGUAUUCAAUUACUAUGCAUGAAUAUGGUUUGCGCAACAAUACCGACUUUUCAGCUUUAAAUCAACUACUCAAAGAAACAUCAAUGAACAUCGUUGCAGCACGAAUUCUGCUAAACAAUACCAAAGUCAAAAAAUUACUCCAGAACUUAUCGGAUUUCACGGAACCAAGUGAUAGUAUUAGAUACGACGACAUUUUGAAAUUAGCACACAACAAGUCUAAAGACUUUAACGACAAAGAUAUCAGCUCUGUGUUUUCCAAUCUUGCCACUCGGGGCUUGACGCACCCCAGUUUAAAUAAACCAAGGGAUGCAUUGUAUUUAACGAAUCCUUCAAUUGCAUGUUAA